UCAAUUCAAACACACGUUUGAAAUGCAUUUCCAAAGAGCUCUUCGUUUCGCUAUUUCUUCACAUUUUAUGUGUCAGACGAGACAUUUGGCCACAAAGUUGGGAAUCGCAGGCGUGAGGCAUGUGGUGGUCAUCUCGUCGGCCAAAGGAGGUGUCGGCAAGUCUUCGACAACUGUUGGGUUGGGAACAGCUCUCAAACAUCUUCAUCCAAGUCUUGAAAUCGGUAUCCUUGACGCCGAUGUCUUCGGACCAUCGAUACCACUGAUGAUGGCAUUGGAGGGAAAGCCAGAGAUCACUAAACAAAAUCUGAUGAAACCGUUGACUAAUUUCGGCAUAAAAUGCAUUUCAAUGGGAUUUCUGAUGGAGAAGGAGUCGGCGGUGGUCUGGAGGGGUCUUAUGGUUAUGUCUGCCAUUCAGAAGCUCUUAUUUGGUGUGCAAUGGGGGCCAUUAGACUACCUGCUCAUAGACAUGCCUCCCGGCACGGGUGACACUCAGCUUUCAAUUGCUCAGAACAUCCCGAUAAGUGGUGCCGUAAUAGUGACAACACCUCAAGACAUAGCUCUGAUGGACGCCCGAAGAGGCGCCACAAUGUUUGCCAAAACAAAAGUUCCCGUUUUGGGUAUCAUUCAGAAUAUGAGUGCUUUUGUGUGUGAAAAGUGUGGACACGAGUCGCAUAUUUUCGGACAAAACGGCGCCAAACGGUUAGCCGAAGAACUCGAUAUUGAACUCUUGGGUGAUAUUCCUCUGGAUAUAACAUUAAGAGAGUGUUGUGACAGCGGACGGCCCAUUGUGUUAACGCAUCCCAACAGUAAAUGCAGUCAAUCUUAUCAACAAAUCGCCCAAAAACUAAUCGAAAAACUCUCGAAAAAAGAGACUCAAAAGGAUUUACAGAAUUAA